AUCACCAGAACUUGUCUCACGAUUCUUCUAUACGACGAAUUCGAUAGCGGACCUUGCGAGACCUAUUCAGCUGCCAAAACACUUUACGAGAAUUGCCCAAUGCUGCUUUACGCAGCUGAAUACUGGCAUCAUCACUUAGGUGAAGGCGUAAGCAAAGAUUUGAACAACCUCGUUAUAAAGUUCCUCCACAACUCCGAUAAGCUCAGAGCAGCUGCACAA